UAGGUAGGUAGAUAGAUAGAUGUGGAAUUAAAUAUUAACAUCAGACUGAGGUGCACACUUUUCACUUCACACUGUAAAACACAAAUAAAUGAAGGAAAGUUGGGCGGAAGUGAGCUGAUCGUGUUAUGACAGCAGUUGUUAUGGUUAAGGUUAAAUGAAUUAAGUUUACUGUCCUCUGAAGUCAGAAGACACCAUACAGUGUGUGUGUGUGUGUGUGUGUGUAACCGGAUCCAAACAGAGCAGGAGGACGUGCUGCAGGUUUGUUUUCUUCCAAACGGACCAAUGAGAGCCGUCCCUCGUGAGAGUGACGGCGUGACUCAGCGAUUCCGGAGCCGACGUUCAGCUGUGUGUGUGUGUGUGUGCGUGAGUGUUCCAGCCAAUGUGGAGGCGCGAAGGAUCAGGACGGAGGGAAAACAACAGGAUACGAAUGUGAGUCCCUGGAGGUCACAGCCGUUACCUGCCGCUGCCGCUGCCGCACCUGUGUCAGAAGAAGGAGAGCACGGGGCACCAACCAUGGCGCUGUCGCAGUGUUGGGAAGAUUCACCGCUGAGACCAGGACCAAAGCGCGCCGGGACCGACGACCUGAAGGAGGUUUAUAACGAGAGACACCGGCUGGCGCUGGAGGAGCUGCUGUCAGGAGGAGUCGAACGCUUUCUGAACUUCCUGUCCAGAGAGAAGAUCCCGAACUUUCUGUCGGACGAUGAGAUCCGGAAGAUCGGGAGCAUCGCCGCGCCCCCGCGCUGCGUCUCCGUGGCCGGCGAGGAGCAGCCGCUGGAGCAGUCGCUCAGCAGCUCCAUGGACUGCUCCUCCGUCACUUAUUUCCCCGAGGUGUCGGACGUGGAGCCGCCGCUGCUGGAGAUGGGCUGGCCCGCCUUCACCGCGGGCUCGUACCGGGGAGUGACGCGGGCCGUGGCGCACUUCCAGCCCAGCUACGGAGAGAACAUCUACAGCUGCAAGGAGGCGGCGAGGAAGAUGAUCCACAGCGCCAGAGAGGUGAUCGCCAUAGUGACAGACUCCCUGACAGAUCUGGAUAUCUUUAAAGAUCUCCAGGAGGCGUGUUCCCAGCGUGGAGUACCUGUCUACAUCCUGUUGGACCAAUUAUGUGCUCCCGCUUUUCUCAAGAUGUGCACAAAUGUUGGUGUUCGCCUGGAUGACCUCCGGCAAAUGAGAGUGCGAACCAUAACGGGUACGACUUAUUACAUGAGAUCCGGAGCAAGGAUUACGGGGAAAGUUCAUGAGAAGUUCAUGCUGGUCGAUGGCAACAGAGUAGCCACAGGUUCCUACAGGUUCACCUGGACUGACGGGAAACUGAACAGCAGCAAUCUGAUCGAACUCUCCGGCCAGAUAACAGAGAAGUUUGAUGAGGAGUUCCGCAUCCUCUAUGCUCAGUCUCUACCUAUAAAUACUCAGGCGCCUCCCAGUUUCCGGAACAGUGGCACCUACGAGCACCUCAUCAAACCCUCACUCACCUUUUCCCCUCACAUGGUCAGAGUCAGGCCGUUAGAGCCAGUGUGUCUGACCAGCACUCCCAACCAAAAACCCCAAGUCUCAGCGAAGCGACCCACGUGGGACUCUCCAGCUCGUGUUAAAACCAGCCAAGUGUCAAACUCCUCCACCAUAGGUGAAGACUGGAAGGAGCAGCAUGACAUGCAUAAGGAGAUCCCGGCCGGUGGCACAUCGUGCCCUGUCCCGACAGAUCAGCUGCCAGAGGAAGAAGCAGCGAUAACAAGCGCUGCCCUCUGCCACGCCUCUACUCAGACCAGCAGGUCAGUGAGCGACAGUGACACCCAGACUGACCUCCAGCUCACACCGCAGCCGGACACCAUCACAGAGACGGACACAGCAGCAAAGCAGGCCUCCUCUCCCUCCUUCACGUCACCCAGGCACAUCUCACCCGCUCGGGCAGCUGCGGACGACUCCUUGAAGGACUGCAUCCACAAACUGGCCGAAGAGCGCAGGCACCAUUACUCUACCAUCCGCUCCAAGCUCGAGCACAUGGUGACUUCGCUGUCCCAGAGGCGAGAGCUAGCGGACGUCACCAACAUGACUCGGGAGCUUGGCGCUCACAGCAGACGGAGGGAACACAAAGACUGGGAGGAGGAGCCAGACCCCAGACUUGUUGUUGAAAGUGUGGGCACAGGCACAUGGCCAAGAGCCAGAUGUAUACACUAGUUUGUCUGCAGGGAUUUUGGUAAUGAGCUUUUGGAGGGUUUAUUGUGGGACUUGUGUUUCAUACAAAUGCUCUUGGUUCAUACAGUAGAGCCGUACUCUGUCUUCACUGCUGUGGCCAACGCUAGUCAUUCCUGCUGGGUGUUAUUUCUGGUUCAAUGAUAAUGCAUGACUGUAAAACUGCACAAUCGUCCUUCUGCUGCGAUGGUUAGGACUCACAUAUCUACUGUCGUGUGAUCUGCUGUAGCUUUAUCUGAUCAUCCCUCCUGAGAUCAGAUUAUUGUCACCGUGCCUUUCUAAUAAAUGACCUAUUUUUGGUA